UGGCUCGUUCUUCCCCCACGGGUCGGGGCCUUCCGUUCCCUGCCCGCCUCGCCCCUGGGGCCGGACGCCCGGGUUCUCUCCUGGCUCGGGCCGGGGGGACAGGGAGGGGAGCCCGGACGCCUGGCUUCCCCGCCGCAGGGUACCCGGAGUCCGAGCCAUGGCCGACGGGGGCGCGGGAAGUCAGCCGCCGCGGGAGCCGCCGCGCAGCCUGCAGGGGCUGCUGCAGAUGGCCGUGACCGCCGGCACCGCGGAGCCCAGCCAGCGGGCACCCAUGUCCCACGAGCGGAGGCAAUGGCUGCAGGAGGCUAUGGCCGAGGCCUUCAAGGGGCAGCUGGAGGAGGUGGAGCAGAUGAAGGAGUGUCUGCGGGUGCUGGAAGUCCAGCCCCCCAGCGGGGAGGGCGGGGAGAGCUCGGAGCAUGGUUUGGAUGACCCCUCCCGCCAGGAGCGAGCCCUGGAGCUGCUGGCUGAGCUGUGCGAGAACCUGGACAAUGCUGCAGAUUUCUGCAAGCUAGAUGGGAUGCGGCUGCUGGCCCAUCAGUACCUGGAGCACCCGGACCCGGAGCUCCGGUGGCGUGCUGCCCACUUAGUGGGCACCUGCAGCCAGAACGUGCCUACAGUGCAGGAGCAGGCCCUGGCACUGGGCUGCAUGCGGAAGCUGCUGCGCCUGCUGGACCAUGACCCUGGCGAGAUGGUGCGCAUCAAGGCACUCUUUGCCAUCUCCUGCCUGGUGCGUGCCCAGGAGGCUGGGCUGCUACAGUUCCUGAGGCUGGACGGCUUCUCUGUGCUAAUGCGGGCGAUGCAGAGUCCUGUGCAGAAGCUUAAGGUGAAAUCGGCCUUCCUCCUACAGAACCUGCUCCUGGAUCACCCCGAGCACAAAGAGACCCUGUGCUCCAUGGGGAUGGUUCAGCAGCUGGUGGCCCUAAUCCACUCUGAGCACAGCUCCUUCCAUGAGCACGUUUUGGGUGCCCUCUGCAGCCUGGUGACAGACUUCCCUCAGGGUGUAUGGGAGUGUCGGGAGCCCCAGCUGGGGCUAGAGGAGCUGCUGCGGGCUCGCUGCCAACUGCUGCAGGAUCAGGAGGAGUUUCAGGAGGAGCUGGAGUUCUGUGAGCGGCUGCUACGAAUAUGCUUCCAGACCCCACCUGAGGAGAGCAGCAUGGAUCGGUGACAUCCCCCGCCCUCCCCCAGCUCAGCAGGGGAGCCCCCUACCCUCCCAGCAUGCAGCCCCCAGCUCCUGCCCCUUCAUGGCAGCAUGAGACACCAGAACCUGCCAAGGGGCCAGGCUGGACCAGAGCUCUCUGCUGGGGUGGGUGUGGCUUAUUACCCUAAUGAGGGGGUGGCACCUGGCACAUGGUCCCCUCCACACAAAUCUACUGCUUCCCAACCCCUGCCCUCACAGUCCUUCCCCUCCUCCACUACCCCUAGCCCUCAGGCAGACCGCCCACUCUUUAUCCAGAUCCCAGCAGCCCCUUUCUUCCUUCUUUCCCCCUCCCAUCUCUGAUGCUGAGUCAGGUCUCAUUCUGCUAGCAAGAUCCAGCUGCAUGUUGUUAACCUCUGACUUAUACUGGGACUGGCUGAGGAAGGGGAGCUUUCCACUUCAGGGGGCAUCAUAUUUCAUCUGCCUCCAGGCCAGCUUGGAGUGGGGCAGGAGGCUUUACCUUUCACUGGGGGAACCAGCCCCUCUCUGACAUCACCUUUUAAGUCUUGAAGUCAUCCCACCUUGAAGGAAGAUGACGUGUGAGUUCAGAGAACUGGGCAAAGCAGCUCUAUUCCUUGCCAUGCUAUCCUUGUGGGGGUGAGGAAGUGAGGCAGCCAUAUUGAUGGGAGGGGUCCCACCUUUCAAGUCCUGGGGAUUCCCCAGCAGCCCUCUUCCCCCUCUACCUGUUCAUCUGUUCUCUGCUUGUUGCCAGUGGUUUUCUAAUAAAGUUUCUGGUUUCAGUGA